ACGUUCACGCGCGGUCAUUGUUUGUAAUCCACGUUUGAUGAACGUGAGUUGUGCAUACAUGACUUUGCUCUGCACGUAACGGUAGCUGAACUAGUAAAAUGGCCCUUUAUUGACGUUUAUUAUUUUCACAGAACUACCUUUUUCGGCCUGUGGUUAGUGUGGAAAAAGGUUCAAAAUGGUGGUGACCAAAGUUGCGCAAGUGAAUAAUGUUUCAUCAACUGCAACGCUGGAACAAGUGCGGUCCCUCUUCAGCUUUCUCGGCAAGAUUGAAGACAUUCGACUUUUUCCAAAAGAAGACUCUGUCCUGCCUGUAACAGCCAGAAUAUGUUUUAUUCUGUUCGAAGAUCCAACCAGUGUUGGAAUGGCCCAGCACCUGACCAACACAGUCUUUAUAGAUAGGCCUCUGCAAGUUUCACCAUUUGCUGAAGGUUCAAUGCCAGAGGAGAGCAAAGCACUGCAGAUGGUAGCUAGUCUAACCGGUGGUCUUGGGGGAUCAAUACCUAGUCUGGUAGCCAAUACUCCAGUAUCAACUGCAGUAGCUAGUGGGGCUGGACUCCUCCCCACCCCACCCCAGCCUCUCAUGUCACAAAUCACUCAGCCACCUGCAGCCCUGGCUGCUGUUGCUGCUGUUGGAGCUGGGGAUAGUCUCUCUCUCCUUGGGGAUAGUUUCUCUGCCUUGGGAGUACCACAGCCACCACCACUCAACAAUGUAGACCCAUCAAAGGUUGAGGAGAUAAGGAGGACCAUAUAUGUCGGCAAUUUGGAUUCAGCAACCGUCCUGGCCGAGCAGCUGUUGACCUUCUUCCAGCAGGUUGGAGAGGUUAAGUAUGUGCGAAUGGCUGGAGAUGAGACCCAACCAACCAGGUUUGCUUUUGUAGAGUUCACAGACCAAGCCUCAGUGGCAAAGGCACUUACUCACAAUGGAGUCAUGUUUGCUGGACGCCCAAUCAAGAUAAACCAUUCCAACAAUGCGAUUGUGAAGCCCCCUGGUAAGACUCAAGAAGCUAUCCAGAGAGAGCUUGCAGAGACCAUGAAACAAGUUAGAGAUGCCCAGGCACUCAUUCAAGCAGCUAUCGAUCCAGCAUUACAACCUGAAGUAAAAGACAAAGUUAAAGCUGUUGUGGCAGCUGAGGAUAAGGAUGAAAAGAAAGACAAGAAACGAAGCCCGUCACCCAGCCGACGAAGAAGAUCACGAUCUCGCUCUAGGAGACGUUCCCGUUCACGGUCUCCCCGUCGUUCCCACUCUAGACGGCGGUCGCGUUCGUGGACACCUCCCCCUCGACGGCGAUCACGAUCCCCACGGAGAAGGAGAUCAAGAACACCUCCUAGACGAUCACGGACACCACCACCACGGAGACGAAGGUCACGGACAAGGUCACCACCACCACCACCAAGACGUAGAAGGUCAAGGUCAAAGAGCAGAGAUAAACGCUCAAGGUCAAGGGAUAGACGCAGACCUAAAUCGAGGACUCCUCCCAGAAGCUACAGCUCUCGACGCCGAAGCAGGAGCAAGAGCCGUGACCGCAGUCGCUCUCAUUCACCUAUUCGUCGACGACGAAGCCCCAGUAGGUCCCCUCCACCUCCCCCACGUCGACGUAGUCGUACUAGAUCCCCACCGAUCCGGAUCAAAAGACGCAGCCGAUCCAGGUCACCGAUUCCCAUCAGGCGACGUCAUUCUCCAAGCAGGUCAAUAUCACCUCCCAAGAGAAGGUCAAGGUCAGGCUCAAGGUCACCUCCAAGAAAGUGAGUAUCAUCUUCAUUGA